CUAAAGCACUAGACUGGCACUCGUAUUCAAAUGCACAAAGUACGUUUUUGUAAAGAAAUUGUGAUUUUUUUCAGUAGCAGAUAAACACGUGGAUUCUGUUUACAAACUGACAAAUGCCAACAUGAAAAGAAAGCUGUCAGACACUCAUGACAAGGUUUCAGAUGAAGAAAAUGAUAGCAGUGUUGAAUUGGAGGAAGCUGAUGAUGUUACUGAUGAUGGUUCUGGUUCUAGUGUGGGUGAAUCAAUAAAUGAAGAAGAUAAUGAUGACCUUGGUGAUGAUAAGGAGAGCAUCAAUGAUGUACAGUCAUUAGUUCAAUCUUGUCCAAAAUCAAAGAAAACCAGUUCAAGAAAUGAGUCUUUAGAAAUGGGGGAACCAGCCAGUAAAGCUGCAAAAUUGUCGAAAAAAGAUCUGUAUAAGCCGCCCACUAACGAGGAGCUCAAUCAGUUAAAGGAAACAGAAAAUCUGUUUCAUUCAUCUUUGUUCAGACUACAGAUUACAGAACUGUUAACAGAAGUGACAUUGAAAGCAAAACGGAGGAAAGAGAUUGACAACACAAUAUCUAUAUUGAAAAAAACUAUCACUGGAUUUAAGGAAGGUGAAAAACACGAUCUACAAGAUAUUUCAUGGUUGAAAGACUCCGGUAUAUCUGUCCCAUAUGAAAUGAAAGUAUCGCAGACCAAGGGCAGUUUUCAGUUUAUUCCACCGGUCAAUGUUAGGAUAACUGGAAGUUUUCUCUCCGAGACUUGUAUAAAACCUGAUAUCGUUGUUGACCUAGCAGUUGUUAUGCCAAAGGCCUGCUUUGAGUCAAAAGAUUUCAUGAAUCAACGCUACUUUAGAAAGCGAGCUCUUUAUCUUAGUAAAAUAGCAUUGGAACUAACUAAAUGCUCAUUUGUUGACGAGAUGAAAUUUACAUAUCUCCAUGGCAACCAUUUGAAGCCAGUAUUGAUUAUUGCAGUUAAAGUUGAAGGACAAAGAAGCAUUAAAAUGCAUGUUCAUGCAGUUCCAGAAUCAGGCACAUUUAAGUUAAACAGAUUUCAUGUAGAGAAAAACAAUGUGCGCUCACACUGGUUCCAUGGAAUGAAGGAUACAGACAACCAGACAGAGACAGAUGUGCCAACACCAUUCUAUAACAACAGUGUACUAGAAGAUCUGCUAGAAUCAUCCAUGUCAGAUACUGUUGAGAAGUUACUAACUAGUUCUCCUUCAGUGAAGGAGGGAAUAGUACUCCUAAAAGUUUGGUUGAGACAGAGGGAAUUAGACAAGGGAUUCGGCAGUUUUAAUGGAUUCAUCAUAACAAUGUAUGUAUGUCUCCUGUUGUCUCAAAAAAAACUCAACACAUUGAUGAGCAGCUACCAGAUCUUUAGAAACACUCUCUUAAAACUCUCACAAACUGAUUGGACAGAGGAUGGAAUUUCCAUGUGCACAAUAAAAGAUGACCCAAAUAUGCCUACUAUGCAGGAGUUUCACAAACAUUUUGAUGUGGUUUUUGUCGACCCAUCUGGAUAUUUAAAUAUCUGUUAUGCUGUGAAUAGAACAGUUUUUAAACGGGUUUGUCAUGAAGCAAAGUUUGCUAUGAAAAUUUUAGAGGAGCGUGGCAUCGACAGUUUUGAGAAGCUGUUCAUGAAGAGAGUUAUGUUUUCUUCAGCAUUUGAUCAUCUGUUUCAUAUAAAUUUGUCACAGGACAGAAAAGAACAGUUUGACAAGCUAGGACUUGCUGAUCGAAUUGUUGAUUAUGGACGUCCAAAAAGUGAAGCGUGUAUUUCAGCUUUGUCUGUGAUUUUGGAGAAAGCCUUGGGUCAGAGAGUACAUUAUCUUCAGUUUGCUCUACAAGAUAGAACUUCGUGGAAUAUAAAGGAGAAACAUGCAGUAAAGGGGACAGAUGACAAAUUGUUGUGUGGACUUAUAUUGAACCCAGAAUUUGCCUUCAAUGUCUUGGACAGGGGACCUUCUGCUGACAGCUCUGAGGCUGAAGAAUUCAGAAAGUUUUGGGGAAGCAAGUCUGAACUAAGAAGAUUUCAAGAUGGAGGUAUAUGUGAAGCAGUGUUGUGGUUAGAAAAAUCAUCCAUUGCAAAGAAGCAGCUGGUCUGUGAACAGAUUGUCAAAUAUGUUCUAGAAAGACAUGCAUGCAUAAAAGCAGAUGAUGUUCAUUAUAAAGCUGGUGACUUACAUAGUGUACUGCGUGUACCAGUAGCGAAGGAUGACCAAUCAGUUGGUACCGGAGAAGAAGAACACACCGCUGUCAUUCAUGCGUAUGAUGAUCUGUGUAAAAUGUUACGACGUUUGUCUGAUCUUCCCUUAACCAUCAAUUCUAUUCAAGGAACUUCACCGUGUUUUAGAUACACUGAGGUAUUUCCACCAUUGCCGUGUACGUUUCGUCAUCGAGAGGCAUCACAUUUAUCACAUGGUGUGAAGAGAUUUGUCCCUUCUGAUAAACACUGUCCUGUCUAUGUACAUGCUUUACAAGUGAUAUGUACGCUAGAGGGUAGCGGGAAAUGGCCAGAAGAAUAUGAAGCAAUGAAAAGACUUAAAGUGGCUUUCCAUAUACAACUUGCUGAUGCAAUAAAAUCCGAGUUCAAUGUGCCAGUUAAAGUAGGACUGGGAUAUGUUGAUGUAUUGAAGGAUAACUAUGUCUUUCGAUUGAUAUUGGCUUACAACCGGGAGAUAGCCAUGCUAAAGUCUGUACGAUCAUCUGAUGGUAAACUUUUAAUGAGGGACACUGAUGAGGCUCUAUCUCUGGAGAAGCAGACAGUAGAACUGCCACGUCUUACCAGUACUUUACAUGGGUUAAAUCAGCAACAUUCAUCAUUCAGUGUUACAUGCAGGCUCGCGAAGCGUUGGGUUUCGGCUCAUAUGUUGGCUGAUUACAUUGAUGAAGUAGCUAUAGAACUGAUGGUUGCAUCUCUCUAUCUAUCUCCAGCACCUUACAAUACUCCAAGCUCUGGACUUUGUGGUUUUCAAAGAUUUUUAGAGCUCCUGUCUACAUUUGAUUGGAAAUCAACACCAUUAUUGAUCAACUUAAACAAUGAAUUUACAGUUGGAGAUUUGGCCGAGGUUCCUGCCAAAUUCUCUAAAGAUCGAUCAACUUUACCACUAAUGUUUAUUUCGUCACCAUUGGACAAGUUUAGUAGUCACUGGACAAAACAUGGGCCGUCAGCAAACAUUCUGACCCGGCUUGUUCUUCUCGCUACAAAAUCUCUGGAAAUUAUUCGUCAACAGAUUUCUUUUAAUGACAACCCAGAUUUAAAACAAGUGUUCAGACCAUCAUUGAGUAUUUUCGAUGCUGUAAUCCAUCUACACAUGCAACAGUUACCACGGAAAUCUGAGGGCCUUGAUAUUGACAAAACUGUUAAAUUUGGCAAAAAUGUAGAAGUUGAGAGAUUCCCAGUGGUUGAGUUUGAUCCUCCUAGACUGCUGUUGAACGAAUUGAAAGCAACAUUUGGAGAAUUGUGUUUAUUUUUCCAUGACAAACAUGGAGGAACAGUUAUAGGGGUGUUGUGGAAGCCAUCACAACUUCAAGCAAGAGAAUUUAAGGUCUCACAUAUUAACUACAGUAAACUGAACACAGACAAAACAGAGAGUUCAGGAAAUCUCAUGCUGAUACCAAAUCUUGAUGCUGUUGUAGAAGAUUUUAGGAUAAUUGGCAAAGGAAUUAUUAGCAAAAUCGAAGUAAAAGAGCAAGAAACAUUCAAAUGUUGACAAUUUUGUAGUCCUUGUUAAUCAUGAUUACUGGUUAUAUUUGUUCUGCAAUUUUGAAAAAUAAAAUAGAUAAAAUAGC